AUGACGUCCUGCACAGAGGUCUGUGGAUCCGACCACACAGAGCCGCAGGCCGCCAGCCACUGCCAGCAGUAUGGUGUCCGCUCCUAUUUACAUCAGUUUUAUGAGGAAUGCACGGCUUCAAUUUGGGAACGCGAUGAAGAUUUUCAGAUUCAGAGAUCGCCAAGCAGGUGGAGCUCUUUACUCUGGAAGGUCUGUCUUGCGUUUGGAGCAUUGGUUCUGUUUGCAGGCUUCAUAGUGGUCUUGGUGGGUUAUGCCACUCCGACCAGGAUUGAGGCUUUUGGAGAAGAUGAUCUCCUUUUUGUUGACAGCAAAGCAGUGAGCUUCAAUCAAGCUCUGGAUGUGUGCAAACUGACAGGAGCGAUCCUGUUCUGUGUGGGAGGCACGUCCAUGGCAGUUGGUCUCCUGCUUUCUGCUUUUGCUAAAAGCUACUCCAAAGAAGAACUCUAUCUGCAGCAGAAGUUUAAGGAGAGGCUGGCUGAUCUACAAGCAACAGUUGGGACCCCCAUUAUGAGAGCACCCACCCCAGGAGAAGGCAAAGUACCAGUCACACUGUCCAAAGUGCAGAACAUCCAGCCCUCAAAUACGAAGCCAGAGACCUGA